AUGAAGCAGGUUCUCAGAGAAGUUGCAUCUGAGCAAGCUGCUAAAGCAGCCUCUGAGAAGCGGCGCCUCGAGCAAUCUGGUGUUCGCCAAGAGUUUGAGAGGAGGCGGAGGCAGGGCGGCAGGCCCAAGGGCCGCAGGGCCAGCCGUAGCUCUGAGAUGCCUCUGGCGGUCCAGCAUGCUCUGACGCUGAAGAUGAAGAAAGCGCUGCCUGACUUCAGCUCUGAGCACACCUUGCUGACAGCGAUGAGCAAGAAGAUGGGCUUGUCUUUGAUGAAGGUCCGGAAGAUCUGGCAGCGCAGAGACAUUCUGGCGAGGUUGCAGAAGCACCAUGGCUUCGCUCUGCAACCUCACGUCUCUACUGGGGCCAAAGGCCUGAAGAGGACUGCGACGCAGCGCCGGUAUCGUGGAUACCGUCUGCCUGGUGGUGGGAGGAAGUCUGCCUUCACGGCUGUCCGAGACAGUCUGCUUGUCUGGUUUGAGACCCAGCGCUGCCACGGCCACUCUGUCAAGAAGGUCCACAUUCUGGAGCAGUGGCGUCUGCUGAUGACGAAGGAGCUUCUGGAUCUGCGGCAGCAGUCUGAGGCUGCUGUGGACCGCCACGAGCGAGCCGCUCUGCUUCAACUGGUCUCUGAAGGUGAGAAGCAGCUCAAGUCUUCUGCGGUGGACUCUGGAAGGAACCGUCUCAAGCAGUUGAUGAAAGAUCUGCGAGCGAAGGACAUGGUCCCGGACCUGAAGACUCAGGUCUCUGAGGUUGACGAGGUGGCUCGUGCAAAGUUGACCUACCAGGCCCUGGACCACACCCUCUGGUUGACCUGUUUCGGCCCUGAGGCAGAACUGCGGGAAAGGGUCAGCAAACCUGCUGUUCUGCGUGCCAACCUGCAGUCCAUGGUCCUGCUCUUCGCCGACCAGGUGCCCCUGUGGUUGAAGUCUGGUUCUGAGAAGGAGGUGUAUGCGAAAUGGGAGUCUGACCCGUACCCGCAGUCUCUGCUGAGACAAGAGCUUCUGGACCACCACACCCGCACUCUUGCUGACCGGACCUCCGACAGCCAGGUGCCGCCUCUGCUGUCGGCUGAGCUGCCUGCUGUGACUGAGAAACGCAAGAACUCUGGACAGCGUCAGAAACGGUACCGUCUGACGUACGAGGCCAGACAGGGUCUGUACAACCUCUGCUCCGAUGCUCCUCUUGUGGGCAAGGUGCUGCCGGGUCUGUUAGUUGUUCAUGGAGCGCAUGCUCGAUUGAACAACAUAGACUCUGCUGGCAAGUUCAUCUCUGAUGAGACCUUCGAAUACAACGGCACUCUGGUGGUGCGGAAGGCGAAGACCUCUGCCGGCCGUCUGCUCUUUGGCUGGCGGAAAGCCAGACAGUCUGACCCAGAACUCUUCAGACGUAUCUCUGUGAUGAGUCAGCCGUCUGCAAACGUAGAUGGCGUCAUCUACGUCUGGGCCCAGCAGGAGCUGGCGGCUCUGACGCCUGUCUGCAUCCAGCAGCGAGACUGCUACGCUGCGGCCUGGUCCUCCUCUGCCGCCGAGUCUCUGCUUUACAGCAACCAUCUGCAGACCAUUAUUGGUCCUAAGAUGACUGCGAGUCUGCAGUUGACUGACACAGACUUCUCUCGGAGCUUCAAGAGUCUGUGUCGCUCUGAAAUGGAUCGUCUGAGGCAUGCUGGCCAGACAGCUCUGUUCGCCUCUGGGAACAAGGAGAUCUGGCACUGCUCCCACCUCGAUCUGAUCCGCUGUGUGGUCUCUGCACAAGACGAGAUGUCUCGCAGGCAGGACGAGAAGGACUGGAUCGUUUCUGGUCUGAGGCGGAAUGGCAUUCUGGCUUACAAGCCUGACUUGAGCUCUGGCAAACUGGUGCCUCUGACGGAUGCAGAGUGCUGCUCUGCUCGCACGAAGCCAUCCUGGUUGGAGGACCGCUUCCUCUGGCGUGUGGGCUCUGUGCCUGUGAAGCCGGACUGGUCUGCCAUCGCUGGCGCCCAAGCCGUUGCGGAUCUGGUGGAGUGGUCGCUGAACCAUCCUCACGUGCUGUCCUCUGAAGAGGAAGCUCUGCUCACUGUGCCUGAACUCCCCGAGGAUCUGCAAAUCCCGUGCAUUGAGUCUGGGGUUCUGACCCUGAGUCUGGAUCUUCAGAGGACAGCCUGGCGGAAGCAGCUGGCCACCUCUGAUGACGCUCUGGCAAAGAAGCGGGAACGCAGGGAUGUCAAGGCCAUGCUGGCUCUGGCUAAGAAGAAGCUGCAUGGCAAGCUUCUGGAGGCCAUGAGGCAUCGUCUGAAGACGAUGUCUCAGCAGCAAGCUCUGGCUCGUCUGGUUCCUCGUGCUGCUGAGCCCAAAUCUCAGACAAAGAAGUCUGUCAAGAAGAAUCUGCUCAAGACUGCAAGCAAAGCUGUGGUCAAGAAGAUGGGUCUGGCCAAGGCCCUGAAAGAGCAGAAGGCUCUGGAGGACCAAGAGGCUCUGGAGGAGCAGAGUGGCUCUGCCAAGCCACCUCUGGCCGCCUCCGCACUCUCUGACCCUGUCUCUGCCAAGGCUGCUGAACUUCCCGCCGCUGACAAGGGACCUCUGUUUGGGAAGACCUGUAGGGUGCUCUUGGAGGAGGCCAACUGUGGGAAGUCUGGCAAGUGCACUGCCCACAAUGUUCUUCUGGGCACUGUGACUCUGACAGGUGUGGGUGCGACCUGUGCCACAACGACUCUGUUUGCUGACGAUGUCUGCGAAGUGGAGCAAGCCUGGCUACCGCCUCUGAAGUGGAAGGGCAUGCACCUGAAACGUGCUCUGAAGCAGGUUGUCUGCAAGGCUUGUCUGGGCAUUCGUCUGAGUCUGGAGGAGGACAGCUAUGCCUCUGCGACUGUGGAGCUGAUCCAGAAGAAGCCUCAGAUGCUUCUGGAUCAGCAUCUGCUCAUGGGCUGGGAGAUGCUGAGGUGGCAUUUCUGGGACGAGAAGUCUGAGGAGCCUGACUUCUUCCGCAAGCACUCUGUCCGGCUUCUGGACCCUCGGCUCUGCGUGCAGUUUCUGUACCAGGAGCAUCCAAACCCUGGUCUGCUGCCGCCGGCUCUGGCGCACGAGGCCACUGACUACAAGCUGCUCUUUGUGCCUGUCUGGGCUCCUGGUCCGCCUUGUCACUGGACUCUGCUGGUUCUGGACAGAAGAGAGGGAGACGAGGUCUGCAUUCAGUACCUGGACACUCUGGCCACAGUGCACAAGAAUUGUGCUCAGAACGCGCAGCUGCUGCUGGAAGCUCUGAUUCCAGGGGCUGUCUUGCCUGACCGGGCAAAAUGCCCUCUGCAGAAGAGCGAUGACUGUGGGUUCUGGGCGCUGGCGAGCAUCCUGUGGAUCUGCUGCCAACUUCGUGGCGAGGGGCCAGCCUCUCGUGGCUCACGCAGCAGGCUGGUCAUGGACCUGGUUGCUUUUCUGCGGACCUGGGUGGGUCAAAUGGCUGAAGAGCAGAAGAAGCUGGAGAAGAGUCUGGCCGACGAGGACAAGGCUCUGAAAAAGGCGCUCAAAGCCAAUCAUGCCAAGGCUCUGAAAUUGGCUGCGUCUCACGCAGCAGCCUCUGAAGCAUCGACCAAAGCUGCUGCUCUGGCCCACGAGGUCCUGAACCAGGGGAAGGAGCCUGAAGCCUCUGAUCUUUCUGCCUCAGAGAAGGCGGAAAUUGAGCACAUCAGGCAGUUUGGGCUUCGAAUCUGCAGUCGCUGCAGCUGGCAGAGUGGCUGCUUGGACUGCUGCUGGGAGAAGCGCGAACGGUAUCUGCUCAACAAGCUUCGUGUGAGCCUGGGUCUGGCACCUCUGAAGUGA